GAGCAUGGUCAGUCCAGUCGAGUCAUAAUGUGAUGUUUUCCCUGUUGGUCGAUUAGUGUAAAUGACACUGUCGAUAUUUAACGGUGGUGGUUGUGUUGUGCAGAGUAUGGCUGGAGAAAAUGACCGUGCGAUUGCUGAGGCUUUGGCUGCUAUGGCGCAGGCUAUGCAGGCGCAGCAGAAUCCGCCGGUCGAUGAGUUUAAGAAUUUGGGAAGGUUUCUGAAGAAUAACCCUCCUACAUUCAAAGGGCGCUACGAUCCAGAUGGUGCUCAGAUUUGGCUGAAGGAAAUUGAGAAGAUUUUCCGGGUGAUGACGUGUACUGAAGCACAGAAGGUGCAGUUUGGUACGCAUAUGUUAUCUGAAGAGGCUGAAAACUGGUGGGAUAAUACUCGCCAGAGAAUUGAAGUACCAGGUGCUGAGAUGACUUGGGUAAGGUUCAAGACGGCCUUUCUGGAGAAAUAUUUUCCUGCUGAUGUGCGAUGUAAGAAGGAGAUGGAAUUUCUAGAACUGAAGCAGGGUAACAUGUCUGUUGCUGAUUACGCUUCGAAGUUUGAGGAGCUGGUGCAGUAUUGUCCUCAUUAUAAUGCUGCUGAUGCUGAGGAAUCCAAGUGUGUCAAGUUUGAGAACGGGUUGCGUCCCGAGAUCAAACAAGGUAUUGGUUACCAGGAGAUUCGUAGGUUUCCUACACUGGUUAAUAAGUGCCGGAUAUUUGAUGAAGAUAGCAAGGCUAGAACUGCUCAUUACAAGAGUCUUAGCGAGAAGAAGAAUAAGGAUCGUGGUAGUCCUUAUGCAUCUCCGAAUGGUAAGGGUAAGCAGAAAGUGGUAGAUGAGAAGAAGCCAAGUGGGGGAGGAUCUUCCAUAGCUAGUAAAUGUUUCAAGUGUGGCGAGCCAGGCCACCGUGCUGAUAGCUGUACCAAGAGAGUGCUGAGAUGUUUCCGAUGCGGUCAGACUGGUCAUAGAGUUACUGAAUGUAAGGAUGCUGGUCCGACGUGUUUUAAUUGUGGCGAGAAAGGCCAUAUCAGUUCGCAGUGCUCGAAACCGAAGAAGGCGGCUACUGCAGCUCAUACUACUGGUAGGGUGUUUGCUCUGAGUGGGGCUGAAGCUCCUAAAGAAGAUAAUCUGAUUAAAGAUAAUGAGGAGUAGCUUUUGUUGAGGUGAAGAAUAAGUGUAGAGUUAUUCUACAGAGUCGAGUCAAUGCUCUGGUCAUGUGACACCGGGGUUAUGGGAUUCAAUAGAGAUUAUAUUAUUAUUUAAGU